AGAUAGUCUGAAUGCAAAUUGAUAUAUUUCAAAUGUCUAUCCCUAAAUCAAUGUUCUAUGGCAAAAGAGGCAUUGUAGAUGCACCAUAUGAAGUUUCAGCACCAGUUUAUGAUUCCGAUAGCGACAUACCUGAUAUAAUAGUAAAUGAAGAUGUUGAAGAAUCCAGUGAUAACUUUAGUGAUGGUUAUAGUACUGAAAACAGCAAAACUGAUUAUGAAGAUGGCAAUACUGUGGUUGGUAAAGAUAAAUGUACUGUAUGGCUCACUGAACUUCCCAGAUGCAGAUGAAAUGUUCACCAAAAUGUGCUUCGUAAAAGUGCAGGCAUUCAUGUAGCUGUACCUUCCCAUGCUGUUUCUACUACAUUUAGUUUUUUUCUCAUGGAUGAAGUAAUGGAACUUCUAAUUGAAGCAAUGAAUCAAAAAGGGAAAGUUCUCUAUGCUGAAAAUUGGAAAGAUGUAGAUUAUAUUGAAAUAAUCACAUGGAUAGGUCUCCAUCUCAGAGCUGGGUUGGACAAUGAUGUCUUUAGCACAAAGACAGGCCAACUAAUUUAUUAUGCUUGUGUGAGUCGUAAUAGGUUCAAAGAACUGAAAAAGUGCAUAAGAUUUGAUGACAUGUCUACACGGUAAGCUCGAAAAAAUGGUGAUUAUGGGAAGUUGGCACCUAUAUAUGAAGUCUGGCAGAGGUUUAUUGAGUCAUGCCAAAUAAAUUACAAAGCUGACCCUUGUGUAACUAUUGAUGAAUCUCUGUUGUCCUUCAGAGGAAAAUGCUCAUUCAAAGUGUACAUACCAUCAAAACCAAGUAAAUAUGAGAUAAAAGUUUGGUCUAUUGUUGAUGCUAGUAACACCUACCUUCUAAAUGUGCAGAUAUACAUAGGGAAAGGCCCUGAAGGUCCAGAAUAACAGUGGGCUAAAAGAGUUGUUUGAGAUCUCAGCAAGACUAUUCUAAACUCUGGUAGAUAUAUUACAUGUGACAACUUUUUUACUGAUGUUGGUCGUGCUUUAGAACAACCUACAAAAAGUGUAACGAUCUUAGGAACCAUCAGAAAGAAUAAACAUGAAAUACCUCCAUCAUUCCAAGCCUCUUAGGGUCGUCAAUUGUUUUCAACAAAGUUUGGCUUUAGCCAAGAGCAUCAUCUUAUGAUGUGCAGUUAUGUUCCAAAAGUAAAUAAGGCAGCUAUCUUACUACUGAGCACUAUGCAUUAUGACAACAAAAUACAAGAAAGUGAACCUUUUAAACUAGAUAUGAUUGCAGACCAUAAUGCAACUAAAGGUGGUGUAGAUACAUUAGACCAAUUAGUCAAUUACUCAUGUAAACUCACAACAAAUAGAUGGCCUUUAGUUAUUUUCUACUGGAUGCUUGAUGUCGCAGCACAUAAUUCUGCUGUUUGUUUCAUGGAAAAAGAACCCGAUGCAUAUAGAGGACACCAAAAGCAUCGGCACUUCCUUUCAGAUUUGACUGAACAACUUUGCAAACUGCAAAUCCCAAUGGCGUUUCUUGGCAGAAUGCAGAAAACUAUGAAGACAUGUUGUAGUGUGCAUGGAAGCCUUUGAGAGUGGUGAAACAACAGGACCAUCCCAGUAUCAACCCCAAGAAAAACUGAAAAAAGAUGUAAAAAGUGUCCAAGAAAGCUUGACAAGAAAAAGAAAGAAAUCAUGCACAAUAUUAACUCAAGAAAUAAAAUCCUACAAUCAUGGAAUGGAAUUUAAUGAACGUUGAUGGAAUACGCAAUAUCCAUUCAGGAUUAGGGUGCUUGCUGGACAAUGAAUAUAUCAUUGCUGAUGAGUGUGAAGAAACUCUACAGGAAAUCAUUUCAAAACUGAAAAGUGAAGAUUCGCACAUUAGAUCAUUCCGUCGCCAGAAAAAUAUCUAUAACAUGAUAAGCACAGAUAUAAUCCCAAUUUUGAAGAGCUCAGAUCUAACAGAUGACCUAUUUGUCUUAAUUGUCAAGUUGGAUGGAAUUUGUUGCGGUGGAUUUUCUAUGCCUAGCUGUCAUUCCUCUUGUGAAUCUUCAACUCUUUUCAAAGUUCUAACCGAACUUACAGAACCCAUAGAAUGUCUAUUCCCAAACAACUUCCGUCAUGAGUCUAGGAACACAGACGUCGUCAAUGAAAUCAUUAACCAUUUACAAUAUAUCAAGCUGCUCUUCUGCCAACAAGAAUCACUUGACCUUUUAUUUUCUCAUGUCAAACCAAUUAUUCAGAAGGCUCAAAACAAAGAAUUUAUUAACCAGUUCCUCUUACUCAUGCGUAACUUGUUGUAUGUACAGGUUUGGGAUAGAGAUAUGGGAUCUGCAGAUAUCCAAUGCAAGUUCAUUAAAAAUAUGUUUGAAUGUGGACUUGAUGAAAUUCUUUUAACACUCCUAAUCCACCCUUCUAGAUUCUGUUGGUCUGUUAACAUUGUACAGUUACUGUCACUUCUAUACACAGAUAAGAUUGUUCUUGGUGGCCUAAAUGUUCAAGGAAGCAGAGUAUCUGAUGAAGUCCUGUUUAAUUUUGACAUUUCUGAGGUUAUGAGUGUGUUCAUUGAAACAGACAGAAAUAUAGCGAGUUUGAUUCCUAUUGAAAACAGCAACCGCUCACAACUUGUAACUAUCUUGAACUCUUUCAAUUCUCAGUUUCUUCUCUUGGGAUUUGCUCCACUCGUCUCUGAUUUAAAGGAGAUUUUGCUGUCAAAAAGCUGUAAUCUUGAUGGCUCUUACUUCAUGUGGCUUUUGAUAUUCUUCUUGAAGAUGGCAAGAAUUCAGGAAAUGGACUUUUCUUGCAUAAGGGAAGUUGUGACUGUUGACAUAAUUGGCUUCUUAGUCUACCAAGGUAUUGAUACUUUUGAAGAACUUGUAAUAUCAAACCAGAAGAAACUGGAAACUGCAACUAAGAAAAAACGGCUUCAUUUCACUGUAGCUUCAAUCAAGGAGAUACUGAAGACUAUAGAGGUCUAUGACAGUCAUCUUUCAGUGCUUUUGUCCAAGGAUGAUGUCCAAAAUCUGGAAAAUUUGAAAUGUGCUCUCCUUAAUAUGACAGACUUAAGACAAAUGUUUCUCUUGCUGAUUCGAUCUUGGGAGAACCAAAGUUACUCAUUUCUACGAGACUUGAUUGUCACAAACCAUACUUUCCUCUUGCUUCUGGACCAAUGGCACCGACAAGUUCCCAGUACUCAGAACUUUGAGAUGAUUCAGCACAUAAACCAAUUUUCCACAAUCAAAGUGAUGCAGCGAUAUGGAUUCUUGCUGGAGAAAUUUAACAAAAACAGUCCCUGUGUGAAUGACAGCAUUUUUACCAUGAUGCAUCAUGUUGCUGGUGAUUGCAAAAGCCCAGAAGUUCUGAUGCAAAUGCCUAUCUUAAAACUAUUCACGGAUCUUUGUGAUGAUGACAAAGUUAUUUCUAAUGAAGCCAGUGAUGUAAUGGAAUAUGUAAUGCACAAAUUUAUGGUGACUGCUGCAGAAGAUCCCAGUUUAUGUGCAAAAUAUCUGUUUAGUAUGGAGGCUAAUAACAUAAACAUUGAUCUGGAUAAUUCUUUAAUGAAUGACUAUAAAUCAGACGUUUCUAUGUGCUCCAACACUGAUUUUUCACCCCUUACCCAUGGAGCUGCCUGUCCUAAUGCUAUCCACCUAAAUGAUGAUUUCACUGAUUGUGAGAAAUCUAAUGAUAAAGAAAGAGAUUUGUUAGAGAAACAAAUUCAGAACAUAAAUAUUGAAAGUGUCGUUCCAUUUUGUAUUGAGAAACUACAUGAAAAGAAAAUGUCUUAUCAGCUACUCUGGCUCCAGACUGUUCUCUUGGAGACUUAUUUUGUGAAAUAUGUUGGAACAUCAAAUGAUAAAUACCAAAUGGAGGAGCCAAUACCUUUAUAUUAUUCCCUCCAAAACCGACCUGUUCCACUCAUUCCAUACAACGGUAGACAAGAGGCAGCUUUGGAGGACUGCCACUUCCAGACUUUACUCAAAUACCUCGGUUUCUACAAUGGCAGUGACUCUGGACGGAUUUUCCCACAUAUUCCAGCGUUCUGGACUAUUGACCAACUCAUGUCAAAGGCUGAAGAAAUUGGACCCCUUAACAAUGCUGCCAUUGACAGUAGAACCCAGGAAGCUUUGCUGGAAAAUCAACCAAACUAUUACCAGGAGAUGCAGUUGAAACGAAUCUACACACUGCACACACACAUUGUCUCAACACUACAGAACGGUGAUUGGACAUCGGAAAAGUGGAUUCACAGGCUGCUCUCGUACAACAGGAAAGAUAUAGAAAGAUCUGAAAUGAGUUUCAAGUGUGAAGACAAAUCUAAUUUGGAUGAUAUGCUGGGAUUUAAUAUGUCAAAAGCAUUCUCAAGAUAUCCAGAGCAUAUUGAAACCACAGUCUCAUCAAACAAAACUUUUGAUUUACCAAACUGGAUUGGAUAUCCGUGUGGCAUGAACCAAAUCAUCGAAACCUCUUGAAUUCUUCACUGGAAACUCAUAUUGAUGUUUUACCAUCACAUCAUCACAGUGCAUCAGUUCAUUACAUUACAUCGUGUCGCAUUACAUCACUUUCACACACCACAUCACAUCGCAUUGCAUCAUAGCAAUAAAACUUGGACUCAUCUUCACCAACCUGUGUGAUCAUUAAUUAUUACAUAGGAAUUGUUUUCCCCACAGUGGAACAAACAAGCCAAAAUGAAAAAAAAAUUAACAAACAAACAAUAUAUGAAAUAAAAAUAUGUUUAAAACAAUUUCAUUUGAGAAAGAAAACAAAAUUCUGACCAAAAUACAAAUACAAACCAUUUAAAUAAAAGAAAAUAUUUGGUAGUAGAAUCAUUUUGGAGGAGAGGACUUUAGGAAAAAUUUAUACCAAUUUGAGUAAAAUAUCUCUUUUUUUUUGUUAAUUUUUAAAAGAAAACUAAUUUACAUUUAUCAAGUUACUUGGUAUUUAUUUUUUCUUUUUUUAUUCAUCAGACAGACUUUAUACUUUUCAAUAUUUUCUUCUUUCCACAUUGCCAAAUCUUUUGUUAGAUUUCUUUCUUUAUUAGUGUUGGUAUAUGUGUAAGCAUGUAUAUUGAAUGCAGGUACGUGUGUGUGUAUGUAUGCAUGUGUGUUUGUGCUUCUAUGAGAGGGAGAGGUCCAAUGCAUGCAGCUGCAACAGUGACCAUAUUAAAACAGUGUGUGGAGCAAUAUAAUUAUUUCCUGUAUGAAAUAAUGCACAAAUUAUACUAUGUUAGUAAACAGUGUGAAAAAAUAUGAAAUAGAAGAUUGGAAAUACUUUACAAAUGAGUUAGGAACAUCUAUUAAACAUUUCUACAAUAUACAUUGUCUUAUUACUCUGUGUGUGUGAAGGUGGCAAGCUGUCAGACAAAAUUGCUUAGCGGGUUUCAUUCAUUUUUAUAUUCUUAGUUCAAACUCCACUGAGGUCAACUUUGCCUUUCAUCCACUCAGAGGUCAUUGUAUAUAUUAAAAAUGGGAAAGGCCAGUUUAUGAGAUUAUUUUAGGUUUCCCAGCUUUAUGGCAUAUUGUCAGAUCUCAAAGCCUGUUGGCCCAAGGCUUCAUAUAUAUAUAUUGAGUGGGAUUCAAAGUUUUGCUUGAAGACUUAUUCAACCAGUUAUAUAUAUAUAUAUAUAUAUAUAUAUAUAUAUAAUGUACUGUACUGUGAUAGAAAAUUCAACAAAAAAGUAUUCCUGAAGGAUAUAAAAUUAUUAGUAGUGCUUAAAUACAUGUAUUGUGCCCUUUAAAUAAAUAAAUAAUAUAUAUAUAUAUAUAUAUAUAUAUAUAUAUAUUUAGCAGAAGUAAGAGAGUGGUUUGAAGUCCAAGAGAUUCACGUAUUGGCACAUUAUAUAUCAACUUUUUCUUAGUAAAAGUUAAUAAAUAUGUACUUUACUAAGAAAUAUAAUAUUAAAUUGUUUUUAUAUGUAACUUCACGUAAAAACAAACAGAGUAUGUGCUGCACAUUAUAAUAAAGUAAAUUCUUAGAUUUUCUCUUAGUUAUAAAAUGCCAUGCAUUUAUAUGAUGGUGUAAAAUUUAUACAUUGUAAGCAUAUGUUAGUUGUUCACCUGACACAUAGUGACUCAGUCUGAACGUCGAGCUCAUCCCUUUGGUGACUGGUGAGCUCAAUGAAGUACCACCUUUUUUCCUCACACUAAUUAAAAGAACCAAAAACACUAAAUUAAUAUGUUACUGUUGCAUAUGUAUGUCUAUGUAUGUAUGUAUGCAUGUAUGCAUGUAUGUAUGUAAUGUAUGUAAUGUAUGUAUGUAUGCAUGUAAUGUAUGUAAGUAUGUAAUAUAUGUAUGUAUGUAAUGUAUGUAAGUAUGUAAUAUAUGUAUGUAUGUAAUGUAUGUAUGUAUGUAUGUAUGUAUGUAUGUAAUUAUCUGUGAAAGUGUUGCAUGUGUGUGUAUGUGUAGUAGUAAUAGUCACAUGAGAACAAUCACAUCAGUUCAUUCAUUUCUUUUCAUUACAGUUCAUUCAUAAACAGAAACCAUCAUCAAAAUUUUUUUUGUUUGUUUUUGAUUUUUUUUUUAAACCAAAAAUGACAGGAAAAUAAGAAAAAUGUUAAUUAGGCAUCUUAAUAUUUUAAAUCUCUUAAUUGGCACCAAAAUGUGAACUGUCACCAUAAUGUAGUGACAUAACAUAUUACAGGGAGCUAUUGUGAUAUUAUUAUUAUUAUUAUUAUUAUUAUUAUUAUUAUUAUUAUUGUUAUUAUUAUUACUAUCGUUACUAUUAUUAUUGUUCUUUGUUGAUGUUAAUGCUGUUAUUAUAAUAAAUAGGAUGAUAAUUAAAGUUGCCACUUCAUAGUUUCAAAUUUAAAAAUGCCCCCAUACCCCAGCAGACUUAACUUUGCAUUUUAUUAUGUCCAGCGUCAAUAGUCUAAGUACCAGUAAUAUGCUGGAACUUCAUUCAAUUGGCUUUUUCCCUUCCUCUACAUAAUUGGUCUUUUAAUUGGUCAGUUAAAAUUCUCCUUUUUAUUACAUAAUGAGAUUAUGUUUUAAAAUAUUUUAGUACAAGUGAUAUGUUAACAUACAUGCAUAUAUACAUAUACAUACAUAUGUAUAAAGGCCUUGCUCUAGCAUGGCCGCAAUCAAAUGACUGAAACAAGUAAAAGAAUAUAUGUAUAUCUAUAUAUAUAUAUUAUAUAUUUAUAUAACUACCAUAUAUAUAUAUAUAUAUCAUCAUCAUCAUCGUUUAACGUCCGCUUUCCAUGCUAGCAUGGGUUGGGCGAUUUGACUGAGGACUGGUGAAACCGGAUGGCAACACCAGGCUCCAGUCUGAUUUGGCAGAGUUUCUACAGCUGGAUGCCCUUCCUAACGCCAGUAUAUAUAUAUAUAUAUAUAUAUAUAU